AUGUAUGUAAGGGUACGCCAAUUGGGUAGUGCAGACACCCAGACAUUUCACAUUAAUUGUCGCUCUAUUAAUGAGACUAUCGAUGAGUUACGCGAAAAAGUGGCCCAAAAAUGGAUGUGUGACACCAUAGCACUUGUUAGACUGUUUUUUGAUGGCAAAGAGCUCGAUAAUGGCUAUACUUUAUACGAGUAUAAUAUUAAAUUAAAUAAUGUAAUACACGUAUUGGUGAGACUACAGGAUCUUCAACUCAAUUAUGACACGAAAAAAGUCGACAAUACCGACGAUACCGGUGUUACUAAUCAAACUGAGUCCAACUUAAGUGAUGAAGAAAACCACAAUAAUUAUGAUAUAUCUCUAGAAUCAGAUGACUAUUAUAGAGUAGGAGAACACGUGGAUGCGCUCGACUCUGAUACCGGUGCCUGGUUUGAGGCUACGAUCAGCAAAAUUUUAUCAAAUAGUUCAACAUUAGAGCAUAGAUAUUGUGUUAAUUUUUAUAGACAAUCUUUGGGGACAAAUAUUUAUUUAAAACUGUCAUAUAUUAGACCACAAGCAUCGGUAAUAAUAUCGUUUGAUGAGCUCAGGGCAGGACAGAGAGUACUGGCCAACUUUAAUGCCGAUUCUCCAGAGGAAAGGGGUUAUUGGUAUGAGUGUCGGGUCGAGAAAAAACUAACAAAACCAAAGAGAAAACUGUUUUCUACUAUAUAUGUGUCGGAUAUUGUACUCAAACAUCAAUUGAUAAGGUAUGUCAACGAAAUAUACCAAAUCGAGAGCACCGUUAGGAUCAUCGAACGGUCCCCAGAGUUAGAGAAUCUCAUACAGUGUGGCACCAAAACUAAGCGUAAUACAGCACCCGAUUGUGCGGACUGUAUGGACAACCAGAUGACGACAUGCAAGAAGUGUUCGUGCAAUCGAUGCGGUCUUAAGACUGAACCGGAAAAGCAGAUCAUAUGCGACGAGUGUAACGCUAUUUAUCAUAUCUGGUGUCUAAAGAAACCGUUGACAGUCAUACCCGACGAAGACUGGUAUUGCGAUGACUGUGUCAACACUGAUCUAAACAAAUUGUUGACCAUUCAGACCAAUCAACUUGAGAAACGCAAGAAAGGUCUGAAUCGGGUCGGAGUUAAAGAAUGGGGUCGCGGUAUGGCUUGUGUCGGACGAACACAAGUGUGCGAAACUGUUCCCAAAGGUCACUUCGGUCCCAUUCCCGGUAUUGAAGUAGGAAUGUGGUGGCGAUUUCGAUUUCAAGCCUCUGAAGCUGGUCUCCAUACACCACUUGUUGCUGGAAUUCACGGCAAAGAAAACAGUGGCGCCUACUCUAUAGUGUUCUCCUGUUCCUAUGAUGAAGACAUCGAUUUAGGAAAUGAGUUUUAUUAUACAGCAUCGGGUGGUAAGGAUAAAACAGUUAACAAAUGUCGAGUGGGAGGACCGCAAACUAAAGAUCAGGAAUUAAAAAGAUGUAACAAAGCUCUGGCCCUUAAUUGUUACGCACCAUUCAAUGGUACUACCGGUGCAAAUGCUGGAACCGAUUGGCAAUUAGGACAACCGGUUAGAGUAUUAAGAAGUGGUAACGGCAGAAACGCCGCCAAAAAGUCAUUGUAUUUACCAAAAGUUGGCGUUCGUUACGACGGCAUUUAUAAAGUGGUUAAAUAUUGGUCACAAACUGGAGAAUCAGGUUUCCUGGUGUGGAGGUAUCUGUUGAGAAGAGAUGAUCCGACACCAUCUCCCUGGACUAAUGAUGGCAAAAAUAGAUGCAAAAGACUUGGACUGACAAUCAUAUAUCCUGACGGCUGGUCUAAAGAGACGGCGGCCAAGAGGUCGUAUAAAAUGGACGAAAAAGCGUUUCCAAAUAAGAAACACAAAUUGCUGUCAUUUUCAAUACCAAAGAAUAUUUUGAAUCUAAUAAAAUGUGAUAAAAUUAAUAAGACUUUAUGGCAAACAGUGAUAACACAUGUUAAAGAUGGCAAACAGAAAUUUAUCGAAACUCUUGAGUUAAACUUCAAGUGUGUCUGUUGUCUGGAUGUCGUCAGAGAGCCGGUCACUACUCAGUGCAAACAUAAUAUAUGCAAAUCAUGUCUGGAACAGUCAUUUAAUUCGGGAGUCAAAAGAUGUCCCAUUUGUCGAACUGAUCUCAAGAAUCUAAAGAGAUUGUGUAUCAAUCAAGAGUUGAAUCAAAUA